ACAUUUCUUCUUCCACACUUCUCUCUCUACUUUUUAAAACCUCAUUAAAACCCCCUAACCUUCCGUUCUCUCUCUAUCUCUUUCUCUCUCUAAAACAAAAACCAGUGCGGGAGGACAGAUCAUAGAGAGAGAAACAAAAGGUGCGCUUCACACAUCAAAAACCCAAAAAAUCCAACCCCUAAAUUCGAAACAAAAAACAGCGAAAAAAUCGAAACGCACAGCAGUAAGCAGAGAGAGCGGAAGGUUCCAGAGAAAAAUGGGGCAGAAGGCGCUGAUCUACGCGUUCGUGGCGCGAGGGACUGUGGUUCUCGCGGAGUACACGGAAUUCAGCGGCAAUUUCAACUCCAUUGCCUUCCAGUGCCUCCAGAAGCUUCCUGCUACCAACAACAAGUUCACCUACAACUGCGAUGGCCACACCUUCAAUUACCUCGUCGACAAUGGCUACACAUACUGUGUGGUUGCGGAUGAAUCAAGUGGACGACAAGUACCUAUCGCAUUUCUGGAGCGUGUCAAGGAUGACUUUGUUGCAAAAUAUGGCAGUGGAAAGGCUGCUACGGCUGCUGCCAACAGCCUGAACAAGGAAUUUGGGUCAAAAUUGAAGGAGCAUAUGCAAUACUGUGUUGAUCAUCCUGAAGAAAUAAGUAAGCUCGCAAAGGUGAAGGCCCAGGUUUCAGAAGUUAAAGGUGUUAUGAUGGAGAAUAUCGAAAAGGUUUUGGAUAGGGGGGAAAAGAUAGAGCUUUUAGUCGAUAAGACUGAGAACCUUCAUCAACAGGCACAGGACUUUCGGACUGUGGGGACUAAAAUGCGGAGGAAGAUGUGGCUGCAGAACAUGAAGGUGAAGCUGAUUGUUUUGGGAAUCCUGAUCGCCUUAAUCCUUAUCAUAAUCAUGUCUGUCUGCCACGGUUUCAACUGCGGUAAAUGAGCCCGUUGCCGUUCUUAAGAAAAUAUUUUCGCCUUGUCACCAAACUUUUGCAAUUAUAUUGUAGCAUUAUAAGAGAAAGAUCAUAUAUCUGUUGCAACUCUGUACUUAGUUAAAAGUAGUGAUUUUCAGAUGUGGCACGAGUCGGAAGACGUAUUUUUUGUGCGAAUGGACUCCAUAUAUUGUGUUACUAUGUUAUAAGAAAUGAGUGCGUUGCUUAUAAAUGAAGUGAUAUUUUCUUUGCA